GGCAGCCCCCGCGCAAGGCUGCCCCGAGGACUGCGGUCAGAUUGAACGCGAAUACCAACGAGCCGUCGAACACGCCCAGCGGCGGCACGACGGCACCGCAGAGCGCGACGGGAGCGAAACCGCAGCCGCCCAGGUCGCCACAACCUCCGUUGCCAAAGGACCCGCCACCGACUAUUUCGGGAGAGCCGUCGAGGCGCAGGACCCCACCUCCGCCUCUGGCCUAGCCGCCGUCGCCGCCCAUGGCCCCACCGGCCUCGACCGGGCCGCCACGGGCGCCAGCGGAUCCACCGCCCCCGGCAGGACAGCCCCCGGCGCCCAAGGACCCGCCGUCCCCGGCGAAACCGCCGCCGAAGGCAGCGCCACGGCCGCCACGGGCGACACCACCUACGAUGGCAACGCCUCCGCCGCCCACGGCUGCGCCCCCGCCUCCGCUGGCUGG